GUCACGGAGCAGCAGAUCGGAACGGAAGCAGAGUAAAAAGCCUAUCCGCCAUUGUGGGAUAUGGUGAGGGAUAUUCCAGUAAGACACUAGUCACUUUGAGAUUGACUGUUCAAAACUCAAUCUGUGGCAGGAACCGACACAUUCACCGACGCCUUCUCCUGCAAACGUAAAGACGCCGUUUGUAACAGCCAGAAGAACCGGAUCGUCGUCAGGUCUGAGGACGGGAGGAAAACGCCGCCUUGUACCCGCUACAGAGUGAUUGGACAACCCGAGAGACGAGCCAGGAAAGCACCGGAGAGCCGAGCGGAAAGAGAGAGAGAGAGAGAGGCAGGGGAAGCCGUGGACAGUCUCACUAACAGCGAUCAGUUUCGGUUCUUGGAGGAUGUCUGCAACCACAGUCGAUCAGAGACCUAAAGGACAAGGAAAUAAAGUGCAAAACGGAUCGAUGCAUCAGAAGGAUGGAGUGAAUGAUGAUGAUUUUGAGCCUUAUUUAAGCGGCCAGACAAAUCAGAACAACAGCUAUCCACCAAUGUCUGACCCCUACAUGCCAAGCUACUAUGCUCCAUCAAUCGGUUUUCCUUACUCUCUGGGAGAAGCUGCUUGGUCCACAGCAGGAGACCCCCCCAUGCCCUACCUAACUACCUAUGGACAGAUGAGCAAUGGCGAACCACAUUUUAUCCCUGACGGUGUUUUCAGCCAGCCAGGUGCCCUGGGGAACACCCCUCCCUUCCUGGGUCAGCAUGGUUUCAACUUUUUCCCUGGUAAUGCGGACUUUUCCACCUGGGGUACCAGCGUCUCUCAGGGUCAGUCCACGCAAAGCUCGGUCUACAGUAACAGCUAUGGGUACGCCCCCAGCUCGCUGGGUCGGGCUAUUACGGAUGGACAGGCAGGGUUUGGAAGUGACACACAGCUCAGUAAAGUUCCAGUCCUGAACAGCAUUGAACAGGGUAUGACAGGGUUAAAACUGGGUACGGACAUGGUGGCAGCUGUCACUAAAACCGUGGGCUCACCCCUCGGAGGCACGGCAGGUAUGAGCAGCAUAGCGGCCAAUAGCCUCCCCCCGUCUGUUAGCUCGUCAGCACCUAAACCCGCCUCCUGGGCAGCCAUCGCCAAGAAGCCGGCUAAGCCACAGCCCAAGGUCAAACCCAAAGCCAACAUGGGGAUGGGGGGAGGUGCCGCCAUACCCCCACCUCCUAUAAAGCACAAUAUGAACAUUGGUACUUGGGACGAUAAGGGCUCUCUUAACAAGCCCACAUUAGCUCAGACUAUGAUGCCCCCACAGCCUCUGGUGCAGCAGCCCCUCCUCGCUCAGCACCAGCCCCUACUGCAGAACCCCCUCCCCCCUCAGCCUCAGCACCAGCCCCAACACCAACACCAGCCCUUCCAGCUCCAGUCUCUCCAGUCCCCCCAACACCCUCACCCUCUCCCCCCUGGCCCCCCACACCUGCACCUUACCUCCCAGCCUGGUCCCCCACAGCCCCUUCAUCAGCAACAACCCCAACAGCCUGGGCCACCCCCCAACCGCUGGGUGGCUCCUAGGAACCGCGGUGAGGGCUUCGGUCUGGGUGGGGGGGUCCCAUUGAGUGCCUCCCCUUGCUCCGGAGAAGUACAUCCCGUGCUGGAGAAACUCCGUGCCCUCAACAACUACAACCCCAAAGACUUUGACUGGAACUUGAAAAACGGACGUGUUUUCAUUAUCAAGAGCUAUUCAGAAGACGACAUCCACCGCUCCAUCAAGUACUCUAUCUGGUGCAGCACAGAACACGGCAACAAGCGUCUGGAUGGUGCCUACCGCUCGCUGGGCAACAAGGGGCCCCUUUACCUGUUGUUCAGCGUCAAUGGCAGUGGGCACUUCUGUGGCGUGGCCGAGAUGCGCUCGCCGGUGGACUACAAUGCCUAUGCAGGCGUAUGGUCUCAGGACAAGUGGAAGGGCAAGUUUGAGGUGAAGUGGGUCUUCAUCAAAGACGUGCCCAACAACCAGCUGCGACACAUUCGGCUGGAGAACAAUGACAACAAGCCAGUGACCAACUCCAGGGACACUCAGGAAGUGCCUCUGGAGAAGGCCAAACAAGUGCUUAAAAUAAUCGCCACUUACAAGCAUACCACCUCAAUCUUUGAUGAUUUUGCACAUUAUGAGAAACGUCAGGAAGAGGAGGAGGUUCUGAGGAAGGAGCGCAAUAGAAAUAAACAGUAAGCUUCAAGCAAGCUCUCUGCUAGAACUGCAACACUAAUGACGUAGGACCUUAAAUACAAAUUUUUGCCUAACCACGAGGAGGAAAGGCUCUCAAAAUCUUUCCGCUGAAGACGACAAUGUAUCUGAACACUUGAACAUGACGCUAGGUGGACUCAUCUGUAUCUGGUGCAUCAAACCCUGUGUUCCUGUCUCACAAGAAAAAAACAGCGUAACCCACUUCCUCUAAAGCACUUUCAGUCCUCCUAAACAGCCUCUACCAUCACCCUUAACUAUCUAACUGUGUUCUUCUUUGAUUUUGUUUGUGAACGACUAACUGACUAACCCGAGUAGUCAGCAGAUUUCAAAGGCUUAUUUGUUAAUUUCUUAAUGCCUCAGUUGUUUGGGAGAUCAGCGAGCUUCAUGAAGAGAAUUAAAGAUGAUAUAUAUAAAUAAAUCUACUUGAAUCUGUAUUCAGACAUCUGAUCCUCCUUAGACAGACGUUCGGAUGAUUGACAGGUGGGAUGAAUAAUUGGGAAUACAGCCACAAUCAUGCCAAUCACAGGACGAAUCCUUCCCUCUACCUGUUCCCUUCCUUUCUGCAUCUGUUUCUGUGUACCAAAAGAUUACAAUUAUGCAGCAGGCUGGCAAUCAGCCGGCCAGUGCACAUCUUUUUUUUUCUUCUCUUGUGAUUCUGUCAUUCUGAAGUGCAUUUGUCUGAGGAGAAACCUGCUGCUCCGGUGUCGAUGUACUCUGCUGUACCUCAGGCUCAAUCAGACUGACUGUCCAAAACAACUCUGUGCACUUUUGGGAGAAACCCCCACACAUCACUCUCUUCUUUCUGCUUGGCUUGACCGGGACUCCCCCCCCAAAAAACGGCAAGACAUCAACCACAAGGAUGUGACAGUUUUCUCCUCUAGGUGACUCACUAGCUAAAUAAAAUUACCCAUGUUUAGCGCAAACCUCUGCUUUUGUGUUUUACUCAUUUGCAUCACAGAUAAAAACAUAACCUCGAUGCUUCAUCAUGUCACAAAUAUACACUGGGACACAACUCUCC